AUGCUCUCCAAACUCCAGAUAAACUGUGAAAAUGCCACUUUUGGCUGCACGGCCACACUGCGCCUGGACCAGCUGCAGUCUCACCUCAAAGACUGCGAGCACAACCCCAAACGGCCCGUCACCUGCGAGGAGGGCUGUGGUCUUGAAAUGCCCAAAGACGAAGUCUCCAAUCAUAACUGUAUCAAACACUUAAGGAGUGUGGUGCAGCAACAACAGACCAAGAUUUCCGAGCUGGAGAAAACGGUGGCAGAACAUAAACACCAGCUGGGAGAGCAAAAACGGGACAUUCAACUAUUAAAGGCCUACAUGAGGGCGAUCCGCAGUGCCAACCCAAACUUGCAGAACCUGGAGGAGAGCAUCGAGUACAAUGAGAUUUUGGAGUGGGUGAACUCCAUGCAGCCAGCCCGGGUGACGCGCUGGGGCGGUAUGAUCUCCACUCCAGACGCUGUGUUGCAGGCGGUCAUCAAGCGCUCGCUCAUCGACAGCGGCUGCCCACUGUCCAUCGUCAACGACCUCAUUGAAAACGCACACGAGCGAAACUGGCCUCAGGGACUGGCCACGCUGGAGACACGGCAAAUGAACAGGCGCUACUACGAGAACUAUGUGGCCAAGCGCAUUCCUGGUAAGCAGGCCGUGGUGGUGAUGGCCUGCGAGAACCAGCACAUGGGCGAAGACAUGAUCCUGGAGCCUGGGCUGGUGAUGAUUUUUGCACUCGGCGUGGAAGAGAUUUUAUAA